GCGAUUCUAGCCCCGCCCCUUCUACCAGGCUUCCUUCUGCAACAGGCGUGGGUCACGCUCUCGCUCCUUCUCUCUCUGCCGCCAUCUUGGUUUCGCGUUUCCCGCACAAAAUGCCCGGUGAAGCCACAGAAACCGUUCCUGCUACAGAGCAGGAGUUGCCACAGCCGCAGGCUGAAACAGCUCUGCUUCCUGUGUCUUCAGCCUUGCGUGUCACUGCUGCCUUAGGGCAGCCUGAACCUACCCUUCCCCCUCCUUGCUCCCUGGCCCCCCAACAGUGCCCUCUGGCAACCCCUAUCCAGCCUUCCCCAUUCCUUUCUCCCUCUACUAUUGCCUCAACCUCCUUUGAAGCUCCUUCUCCCCAGUCAUUCUCUGAGACAGCCCUGCCUUUGGGAGCCGCCCCUGACACCCCAACUUUCCUGCCAAACCUAAUAGGGCCUCCCAUCUCCCCAGCUGCCUUAGCUCUGGCCUCUCCCAUGAUAACUCCAACUCUGAAAGGUGCCCAUUCCUCUUCAGCUCCCUUGGCUCUGGUGGCCUUGGCUCCCCACUCAGUUCAGAAAAGCUCUGCUUAUCCACCUAACCCUCUUAGUUCACCUUCAGCUCCUGUGGCUGAGUCAGGGUCGGUGACAUCUCUGUCAGCCCCCAUUGCUUCCUCAGAGCCAAAGACCUCUCCUAUUCAAGCUCCCUCUCAGGUAGCCCCUACUCUGAAAGGUACCCCCAUCCCUCCCGGUACAGUCAGUACUAUUCCUUCCCAUCUCGUAACUCCCUUGGCCUCCGUUCAAUCUGGAGUAGCUUCCUGUGCUCAGACCUCACCCGCCACUCCCCUAGCUGUCACUUCCCCUCAGGUCAAAGGCAGCCCUGUUUCCUCAGCUCUUACUUCUCCACAAAACCCUGUAAGCCUCAGCCUAAAGGGACCCCUUAGUCCACCUACUGCCUUACCUCCUUCAACCCAGUCUGUUCCUAUGGCUCCCAAUGUGCCCCCGGUUUUCCUCACUUCUCUGGGCUCUCAUCCUUCACCUUUACAUCAGAGCUGUCUUGGUUCUACUGUCCAACCUAUGGGUCAGACAGGCUCUACUGUCCUGUCAGAUCCUGUAGUGGAAACCGUUUCUGUAGAGCAUUCUUCCGCAGGGGCCUCUUACCCUGCUCAGCGAUCUGUGAUUCCUCCCCUUCCUUCCAGAAAUGAGGUAGUUCCUGCUGCCGUGGCUGCUUUUCCAGUGGGGGCUCCACCUUCCCCCCUGGCUCUGUCUGCUGACAAAGGCCCUUCUACCAUCACUAGCAUCGCCUCCUACAGCCCUGCUGCCUCCUCCGAUGCAGUGAUCUCUUCUCCCUUAUCUCCUACAGCCUCUCUCAUUCUCAAAGGCUCUCCUAAUGCCACUCAAAAACAGCCUUUGGUGACCCAGAUUCCUCCUGCUUCUCCAGGGAGUCCAGGAUUAAAAGAAGCUCCUGUUUCUUCUUUUGGAGUCACCUCACGUGUGGUGACUAAUCCCUCUACAUUUUCUGUAGCACCGUCUACCUUUGAGGUCACUACUUGUGUCUCUCCUCCAAUUUCAUCAGGUCCCAUAAGUAGUAAGGAAUCAGUUUCCCAUACUGCCUUGGCUGUGACACCUGUGGCUCCCAAAGAGCUUCCUGCUCCUCAAAUAACAACCACUCUGGGGAUACCGGUCUCUCCUCUGCCAGUCCCCAAGGACCCCAAAAGUGUCCCUGCUUCAGUGUCGGUAAAGUUGCCAACACAAAAAGAUCUCCAGACUGUACCUGCCUCUCUUGUAGGAGCCCCUAUUUCACCAGCCCAGGCAGGACUCCCUACCAAGGAAGACCCCAUUCUACCACCAUUGUCCCUGGCAGCCCCUAAAAAUCUCCCCUGUCCCCAAAGUACAUCAUCUUCUCUGGAGAUAUCUCUUUCUCCUGAAGUCAUCUUAGCAAAGAAAAGCCUCGUAGAGCCUCUGCCAGUAGUUAAGCCAGCCAGUACUACCUCUCCUCUGGGUGUUACUUCCCCAACCUCUAUAACCAAGACAGAUCCUUAUGCAAGCCCAGACUCCACGAGUCUGCUUCUCAAAAGUUCUUUCACUACAACUACGGCUACAUUUCCUUUGGAAAGUGCUGCCACUUCUGGGAUGGCUCCUACAAUUGCCAAAGGCACCUCCACUCUUACAACUACAGCCUGCCCUUUUCUAGAAGGAGCUGUCUCUUUACCUCCUAAAAGCCACCCAGCCAAGAAGGGUACUUCCACUCUUCCUACUUUACCUUUGGUUCCUCCUACCCCUGAAAGUUGCCCUGGGGCUCCAGCUGUGACUUUAUCACCACAGAAUGUUUCUGUUUCUCCAGCUACCUUGGCAUUGGCUUCUGAUAUUUCCAAGUCUGAGCCUUUUCCCUCUCUUCCCCCAGCUGGUGGUACUCCCCAGGAUGUAAAGAAGAUUGAUGCCCUUUCUCAUUCCUCACAAUUGGCACCUAUUGCUUCCUCUCCUGAAGGGUGCCAGCCUGAGGACUCUGGUGCUUCUCUUACUUCAUCUUCCAAAGGAACUUACCUAGCUGACUCCCCAUCUCCUUUAGGGGUUAGUGUGUCUCCUCAGACUAAAAGACCUCCAACCAAGAAGAGUUCAGCUACUUCUACCUUAACUCUUGCUCCUUCUGUUUCUAAAAGUGUACCUGCUAUCCCUGAUACUCCUGCUGGAAAUCUCUUGUCCCCUGUUUCUCUAAUUGAAGCUUCCGUUCUUCCAGAGGCCAAUCUUUCUUUUCAAGCUCCGAAAGACUCACUGGUCAAGAAGCAUUUCCCCACUCCAGCCCCCAGAGAGGUUCCUACUCCCCCUGUUGUGGCCCCUCCCUCCCCCAAAGGGGGACCAGCAACCGCAUCUCCUAAAGAGACCCCCACUUCUUUAGCUAUGACUCCUUCUCCCCCAAAAGGAGCCCCAGCUACCCCAUCCCCCAAAAAGUCCACAUCUACCCCACCUCCCAAAGGGACCUCUACUCCCUCGGCUGUGGCUCCUUCCUCCUCAAAAGGGGGACCAACAACCCCAUCCCCUAAAGAGACUCCCAAGCCCCCAGCUGUGACUCCCAACCCAAAAGGGCCCCCAGCAACUCUGUCCCUCCAAGACGUCCCCACUCCCCCAACUGUAGCUCUUCCUUCCCACAAAGGAGUCUCAGCAACUUCAUCCCCCAAAGAGUCCCCAGCUACCCCACCCUCCAUAGGGGCCUCAGCUGCUCCGUCUCCAAAAGCCACCUCCACUCCCUCAGCUGCACCUCCUCCCUCCCCCAAAGAAUCCCCAACAACUCCAGCCGCCAAAAGAGCCCCAGCUACCGCAUCUCCCAAAGAGGCCCUUGCUCCCUUAACUGCGACUCCUUCCUCUCCAAAAGGAGCCACAGUUACCCCAGCCCCCAAAAAAGCCCCAGCUACCACAUCUCCCAAAGAGGCCCUAGCUCCCUUAGUUGCGACUCCUUCCUCCCCCAAAGGAGUCCCAGCCCCCAAAGAGUCUACAGCAACUCCAACCCCCAAAAGACCUCCAGCUGUCGCAUCUCCCAAAGAGGCUUCCACUCCCUCAGCUGCACCUCCUUCAUCCCUCAAAGGAGCCCCAGCUACUCCAGCUCCCAAAGCCCCCUAUACUUCCUCAGCUAUAGCUCCUCCCUCUCCCAAAGAAUCACCAACAACUCCAGCCUCCAAAAGAGCCCCAGCGACCACCUCUCCCAAAAAGGCCCCCACUGCCUCAGCUGCAACUCCAGCCCCCAAGGGAGCCCUAGCUACCCCACCCCCUAAAGAGUCUCCAGCAACCCCAGCCCCCAAAGGGGCCCACACUCCCUCAACUAUAGCUCCUCCCUCCCCCAAAGAAUCCCCAGCAACCCCAGCCCCCAAAAAAGCCCCAGCUAUCACAUCUCCCAAAGAGGCCCCUACUCCCUCAGCUGUUACUCCUUCCUCCCCGAAAGGAGCCCCCAUUACCCCAGCCCCCAAAGAGUCUCCAGCAACCCCGGCCCCCAAAAGAGCCCCAGCUACUGCAUCUCCGAAAGAGGCCCCCACUCCCUCAGCUGUGACUCCUUCCUCUCCGAAAGGAGCCCCAGUUACCCCAGCCCCCAAAGAGUCUCCAGCAACCCCGGCCCCCAAAAGAGCCCCAGCUACCGCAUCUCCGAAAGAGGCCCCCACUCCCUCAGCUGUGACUCCUUCCUCUCCGAAAGGAGCCCCAGUUACCCCAGCCCCCAAAGAGUCUCCAGCAACCCCGGCCCCCAAAAGAGCCCCAGCUACCGCAUCUCCGAAAGAGGCCCCCACUCCCUCAGCUGUGACUCCUUCCUCUCCGAAAGGAGCCCCAAUUACCCCAGCCCCCAAAGAGUCUCCAGCAACCCCAGCCCCCAAAAGAGCCCCAGCUACCGCAUCUCCCAAAGAGACCCCCACUCCCUCAGCUGUGACUCCUUCCUCAAAAGGAGCCCCUGUUACCCCAGCCCCCAAAGAACCUUCAGCUACUGCAUCUCCGAAAGAGGCCCCCACUCCCUCAUUUGUGACUCCUUCCUCCUCAAAAGGAGCCCCAGUUACCCCAGCCCCCAAAAGAGCCCCAGCUGCCGCAUCUCCCAAAGAGGCCCCUGCUCCCUUGACUGCGACUCCUUCAUCCCCGAAAGGAGCCCCAAUUACCACAUCUCCCAAAGGGGCCCCAGCAACUCCAGCCCCCAAAAAAGCCCCAGGAACUGCGUCCUCCAAAGGGGCCCCUACUCCUUCAGCUGUGGUUUCUCUAGUCCCCAAAGAGUCUCCAGCCCCCAAAAGAGCCUCAGCCCCCAAGGGGGCCCCCAAUCCCUCACCUGUAAUUCCUCCUCUGCCCAAAGAGGAACCAGCAAGCCCAUCCCCCAAAGACUCCCCUACUUCUCCCGUUUCAGUCACGUGUUCCUUGGGGUCCAAUGCCCCUCAGGCAUCUAAAGGGCUCUCAAUGAAGAAAGGCCCCACAGCUCUCAAAGCAGCGCUUGUUGCCCCAGCUUCAGAAAGUGCACCAGUCAUCACAGCUCCCACUCAGAAAGGUCCACCAGCCCAGAAGAGUUCACCUCCUGUGUGCCCAGAUCCCUCGGCUAAGAAUGGUACUAAAGGACCCCUUUCUUCAGUGGCUCCAGCCCCUCCACUGACAGUCUCUCCUCAGAAAGGCACUUCUCCAAAGACUCCAAAAUCCCACCCUAUUUCUCCCCUAAAAGGCAAAGAUUCUUUUCAUUCUCCAAAGGGUCCGGUGGCUCCUCCUCCUGAGUCUGAGACAUUUACCCCUCUAACAAAAGCUGCCUCUGAGAAGGUCCUUCCUAAAGCUGGAUCAGCAUCUCUCUCUGCAGCACCCACCCCAUCAGUCUCUCUGCCUCCUGCUCCCUCCCCAGUGCCCCUUCUGCUUCCUAAACAGCAACCUCUGCCGUCCUCACCUGGGCUGGUGCUGGAAUCACCCUGUAAGCCCUCAGCCCCUGCUGAUGAGGAUGAGCUGCCGCCUCUGAUUCCCCCGGAACCAAUCUCGGGGGGAGUGCCUUUCCAGUCGGUCCUCGUCAACAUGCCCACCCCCAAACCUGCUGGGAUCCCUGUCCCAACCCCCUCUGCCAAGCAGCCUGUUCUGAAGAACAACAAGGGGUCUGGAACAGAAUCUGACAGUGAUGAAUCAGUACCAGAGCUUGAGGAACAAGAUUCCACACAGGCUACCACACAACAAGCCCAGUUGGCAGCAGCAGCUGAAAUCGAUGAAGAACCCGUCAGUAAAGCAAAACAGAGCCGGAGUGAAAAGAAGGCACGGAAGGCUAUGUCCAAACUGGGUCUUCGACAGGUUACAGGGGUUACUAGGGUCACUAUCCGGAAAUCUAAGAAUAUCCUCUUUGUCAUCACAAAACCAGAUGUCUACAAGAGCCCAGCUUCAGAUACCUACAUAGUUUUCGGGGAAGCAAAGAUCGAGGAUUUAUCUCAGCAAGCACAGCUAGCAGCUGCUGAGAAAUUCAAAGUUCAAGGUGAAGCUGUCUCAAACAUUCAAGAAAACACGCAGACUCCAACUGUACAAGAGGAGAGCGAAGAGGAAGAGGUUGAUGAAACAGGUGUGGAAGUUAAGGACAUCGAAUUGGUCAUGUCACAAGCAAAUGUGUCGAGAGCAAAGGCAGUCCGAGCCCUAAAGAACAACAGUAAUGAUAUUGUAAAUGCUAUUAUGGAAUUAACGAUGUAACCAUCUGUAAAAGACAAGGACCUUUUUUUGGUGUUUCAAAAGAAUAACUGCAGCUUGGUUUGAAAUUUGUACUGUUUCUAUCAUUAAUAAAGUUAUGGCUUCUUGUGGGAUGAACUCAG